CUACCAGCUGAAACUCAGGAGCGCCGCCGAUCGGUACCGACACCUCUCCAGCGAGCUAAAGCCAAGAUGGAGGGUCCGUGCUCAGUGAGUACAGGAACGAGUCCCCGCACGCCACUCUCUGCUUUCAAAUGAAGAGGAUUUAUUCCCGACCACUCACUUGAUAUCGGAGAAUCGACACUGACCCGUUAUUUUGGGGAGUUUUGUUGAGGGAGAAUCAUUGAUCCGAGGAUGAGUUCAGGGGAGGGAGAGGACACAUCUAAGGAGGCGGCCGACAUAGCGGCGUUUUUUAAAUCCGAAUGUUCUCUUCCAAAAUGUGAACCGAAGCUUGAGUUACCCAGUCACACAGGGUUCCACAGAAAUGAAGAUAUGAAGGCCAUUGAAGUUCUUCCCAUCCUUAAAGAAAAGGUGGCAUUCUUAUCAGGUGGAAGAGAUCGCCGUGGAGGGCCAGUCCUUACAUUUCCAGCCAGGAGUAACCAUGACAGAAUACGACAGGAGGACCUCAGACGACUUAUUGCGUACCUUGCAGGCAUUCCCAGUGAGGAGGUGAGCAGACAUGGCUUCACGGUCAUCGUGGAUAUGCGAGGAUCCAAAUGGGACUCUAUCAAACCUCUGCUGAAGAUCCUACAGGAAUCAUUUCCCUCCUGCAUACACAUCGCUCUCAUCAUCAAGCCUGAUAACUUCUGGCAGAAACAGAGGACGAAUUUCGGCAGUUCCAAGUUUGAAUUUGAAACCAUCAUGGUGUCCCUUGAGGGUUUGACCAAAGUGGUUGAUCCUUCCCAGCUGACUCCAGACUUCGAGGGCAGUCUGGAUUAUGACCACGAGGAGUGGAUCGAAGUUCGAGUGGCCUUUGAAGACUUCAUGAGCAAUGCCGCUCGCAUCCUUUCCCGUUUGGAAGAACUCCAGGACUUGGUGUCCCAGCGGGAGCUGCCGUCAGACCUGGACGGGUCUCGGCGUGCUAUGGAGGAACACGCCUCCCUGAAGAAAAAGGUUACUAAAGCUCCUGUGGAGGAGUUAGAUGCUGAGGGUCAACGCCUGCUUCAACGAAUCCAGGGUGGGGAAAAAGGCAGAGGAGAUAUCCAGGGAUUAGCUCCAAAAGUCCAGGCACUUCUGGAUAAACUCCACGCCACACGACAACAUCUGCACCAAUCCUGGCACAUGCGCAAAGUCAAACUGGAUCAGUGCUUCCAGCUGAGACUCUUUCAGCAGGAUGCAGAGAAGAUGUUCGAUUGGAUUGUCCAUAAUAAAGGCCUGUUCCUGACAACCUACACAGAGAUAGGACCCAACCAUCAGCAUGUGCUCGAGCUGCAGACCCAGCACAACCACUUUGCAAUGAACUGCAUGAAUGUGUAUGUGAACAUCAGUCGGAUCAUGUCCGUGGGGAACAGGCUGCUGGAGUCAGGUCACUAUGCAACCCAGCAGAUUCAGCAGAUCUCAGGUCAGCUGGAACAGGAGUGGAAAGCGUUUGCCGCUGCACUGGAUGAGAGGAGCACGCUGCUGGACAUGUCUGCUAACUUCCACCAGAAAACUGACCAGUAUAUGAGCAACAUGGACUCAUGGUGUAAGGCCUGUGGAGAGGGAGAACUUCCUUCUGAGCUACAGGACCUGGAAGACACCAUCCACCACCACCAGGGUCUCUAUGAGCACAUAACCACUGCCUAUUCUGAGGUAAGUCAGGAUGGCAAAGCCCUACUAGAUAAGCUACAACGGCCUUUGACCCCAGGGAGUGCAGAUUCGCUGACAUCCUCGGCUAACUACUCCAAGGCAGUGCACCAUGUUCUGGAUAUCAUUCAUGAGGUUCUGCAUCACCAGAGGCAGUUAGAGAACAUCUGGCAACACCGCAAACUUCGUCUUCACCAACGGCUACAGCUCUGCGUCUUCCAACAGGAUGUCCAGCAGGUUCUAGAUUGGAUUGAAAACCAUGGUGAGGCGUUCCUUAGUAAGCACACAGGAGUGGGGAAGUCUCUGCACCGGGCUCGAGCAUUACAGAAACGUCAUGAGGACUUUGAAGAAGUGGCUCAGAACACCUACACUAAUGCAGACAAACUGCUGGAGGCGGCAGAGCAGCUGGCUCAGACAGGCGAGUGUGACCCUGAGGAGAUCUACCAGGCCGCACACCAGCUGGAAGAUCGUAUCCAGGACUUCGUAAGACGCGUUGAACAACGCAAAGUCCUGCUCGACAUGUCUGUGGCCUUCCACACUCACAGCAAAGAGCUGUGGACGUGGUUGGAGGAGCUUCAGAAGGAGUUGCUGGAUGAUGUUUAUGCUGAGUCAGUGGAGGCCGUGCAGGAGCUGAUCAAACGUUUCGGUCAGCAGCAGCAAACCACCCUGCAGGUCACCGUCAACGUCAUUAAAGAAGGGGAGGAUCUCAUCCAGCAGCUCAGAGACUCUGCGAUCUCCAGCAAUAAGACUCCUCAUAACAGCUCAAUGGCUCACAUCGAGAGUGUCCUGCAGCAGCUGGAUGAGGCCCAGGCUCAGAUGGAGGAACUGUUUCAGGAACGGAAGAUCAAACUAGAGCUCUUUCUUCAGCUCAGGAUCUUUGAACGAGAUGCCAUUGAUGUCAUCUCAGACCUGGAGUCAUGGAAUGAGGAGCUGUCCCAGCAGAUGAAUGAGUUUGACACUGAGGAUCUGACGCUAGCUGAGCAGAGACUGCAGCAUCAUGCCGAUAAAGCGCUCACCAUGAACAACCUCACCUUCCACGUCAUACACCAGGGACAGGAACUCCUGCAGUACGUCACAGAAGUUCAGGCCUCAGGUGUGGAGUUGUUGUGCGACCGUGAUGUUGACAUGGCGACGCGGGUGCAGGACCUGUUGGAUUUCCUGCAUGAGAAACAGCAGGAGCUGGACGCAGCCGCAGAGCAGCACAGGAGACACCUGGAGCAGUGCGUGCAGCUCCGCCACUUACAGGCCGAGGUCAAACAGGUGCUGGGUUGGAUCCGUAACGGGGAGUCAAUGCUUAAUGCAGGUCUCAUCACAGCCAGCUCUCUACAGGAGGCAGAACAGUUACAGCGGGAACAUGAGCAAUUUCAGCAUGCUAUUGAGAAAACCCAUCAGAGUGCGCUGCAGGUGCAGCAGAAGGCAGAGGCUCUGCUACAGGCCAAUCACUACGACAUGGACAUGAUCCGUGACUGCGCAGAGAAGGUGGCGUCUCACUGGCAGCAGCUCAUGCUGAAGAUGGAAGACCGCCUCAAACUGGUCAAUGCCUCAGUGGCUUUCUACAAGACAUCAGAGCAGGUGUGUAGUGUGCUGGAAAGUUUAGAGCAGGAAUACAAACGAGAGGAAGACUGGUGUGGAGGGAUUGAUAAACUGGGACCAAACUCCGAGUCUGAUCACGUGAUGCCCAUGAUCAGUAAACACCUGGAGCAGAAAGAGGCCUUCCUCAAGGCAUGCACACUAGCAAGACGCAAUGCUGAUGUCUUCCUCAAGUACUUACACAGAAACAGCGUGAAUAUGCCGGGAAUGCUUGCACAUGUCAAGGCCCCUGAACAACAAGUCAAGAACAUCCUGAAUGAGUUGCUGCAGCGGGAGAACCGGGUUCUGCACUUCUGGACCAUGAGGAAGAGAAGGCUUGACCAGUGUCAGCAGUAUGUGGUGUUUGAACGCAGCGCUAAACAGGCUUUGGAGUGGAUCCAUGAUACAGGAGAGUUUUACCUAUCCACACACACCUCCACUGGCUCCACUAUACACCACACACAGGAACUGCUGAAAGAACAUGAGGAAUUCCAGAUUACAGCCAAGCAAACCAAAGAGCGGGUAAAGUUGUUGAUCCAGCUGGCUGAUGGUUUUUGUGAGAAGGGCCACUCCCAUGCAAGCGAGAUUCAGAAAUGGAUCGCCUCGGUGGACAAACGCUACCGUGACUUUUCCCUCCGCAUGGACAAGUACCGUUCCUGCCUGGAGAAAGCGCUCGGCCUGUCCACUGACUCCAACAAAGCGAGUAAAGAUCUGCAGUUGGACAUCAUUCCAGCCAGUGCUCCUGGUGCAGAGGUCAAGUUCAGAGAUGCCAACCAUGAACUCAAUGAGGAGAAGCGGAAAUCGGCACGCAGAAAAGAGUUUAUAAUGGCGGAGCUCAUUCAGACCGAGAAGACAUAUGUGAGAGACCUGCGGGAGUGUAUGGAUACAUAUCUGUGGGAGAUGAGCAGUGGUGUGGAGGAGAUUCCCCCAGGGAUUGUCAACAAAGAGCAUAUCAUUUUCGGCAACAUGCAAGACCUAUUAGAGUUCCAUCACAAUAUUUUCCUUAAAGAACUGGAAAAAUAUGAGCAGCUUCCAGAGGAGUUGGGUCACUGUUUCGUCACAUGGGCGGAUAAGUUUCGGAUGUAUGUGAAUUACUGUAAGAACAAGCCUGACUCCACCCAGCUGAUUCUGGAACACGCGGGGACCUAUUUUGAUGAAAUCCAACAGAGACACAGGCUGGCUAAUUCCUUAUCAUCAUACCUUAUUAAACCUGUUCAGAGGAUCACCAAGUAUCAGCUUCUGCUGAAGGAACUAUUGACGUGUUGUGAGGAGGGUAAAGGAGAAAUUAAAGAUGGCCUGGAGGUUAUGCUUAGUGUGCCCAAAAAAGCUAAUGAUGCUAUGCACCUCAGCAUGCUGGAGGGUUUUGAUGAGAACAUUGAGUCUCAGGGUGAGUUGAUUCUGCAGGAGUCAUUCCAGGUUUGGGAUCCAAAGACUCUGAUUCGUAAGGGCAGAGAGCGGCACCUCUUCCUCUUUGAGAUGUCUCUCAUCUUCAGCAAGGACGUCAAAGACUCCAACGGCAGGAGCAAGUACCUCUACAAGAGCAAGCUCAUGACCUCACAACUAGGAGUUACUGAACAUGUGGAAGGAGAUCCAUGUAAAUUUGCACUCUGGCUUGGACGGACACCUACCUCAGACAACAAAAUAGUCCUAAAGGCUUCAUGUAUCGAAAACAAACAGGACUGGAUUAAACAUGUACGCGAAGUUAUCCAGGAGCGUACCAUUCUUUUAAGGGGGGCACUCAAAGAGCCAAUCCACAUUCCCAAAGCCACUGCAACCAAACACAAGGGCAAACGGGAUGGAGAGGACCUAGACAGUCAGGGUGAUGCAAGCAGUCAGCCAGACACCAUCUCCAUCGCCUCCCGCACCUCCCAGAACACACUGGAUAGCGACAAGUUGUCUAGUGGCUCAGAGUUGACGGUGGUCAUCCACGACUUCAUGGCCAGUAAUGGAUCGGAGUUGACUGUACGCAGAGGUCAGACGGUGGAGCUGGUAGAAAGGCCCCAAGACAAGCCCGACUGGUGUCUGGUUCGCACCACUGACCGUUCACCUGCCCAGGAGGGCCUGGUUCCCAGCUCUAUGCUUUGCAUCGCCCAUUCCCGAAGUAGUAUGGAGAUGGAGGGCAUUUUCAACCAUAAAGGGUUGAAAAUGAGAAAUGAGGGAUUGAGCAGUGGCACUCUGUCUAAGUCUUCCUCCUCAGGGAUGCAGAGCUGUGGUGAGGAGGAGGGGGAGGAAGGACCAGACUCGGUUCCCCUGCCGCCCCCUAUGGCCAUCCAACAGCACAGCCUUCUGCAUCAGGACUCCCAGGAGGACAAGGCUACCUCCCGUCUGUCUGGACGUCCCAGCAGCUCAGAGACACCGAGUGCAGCUGAACUGGUCAGCGCCAUUGAGGAACUCGUCAAGAGCAAAAUGAGUCUGGAGGACAGGCCUAGUUCUCUCCUUGUUGAGCGAGGAGAUAGCAGUAGUCCUUCUUUCAACCCAUCAGAUAACUCCUUCCUGUCUUCCUCCUCUCCCAUCGACGAGAUGGGCGAACGCAAGACUGGCUUCCUCAAGAGACGACACUAUGUACUGCUGGAACUGGUGGAGACAGAGAGAGACUAUGUGAGAGACCUUGGUGCAGUCGUGGAGGGAUACAUGAGCAGGAUGAGGGAGGAGGGUGUACCCGACGACAUGAAAGGCAAAGAUAAGAUCGUCUUUGGGAACAUUCAGCAGAUUUAUGACUGGCAUAAAGACUUCUUUCUUGGUGAACUAGAGAAGUGCUUGGAAGACCCAGAUAGGCUCGCACCCCUGUUUAUCAGACAGGAACGAAGACUGCACAUGUACAUUGUGUACUGCCAAAACAAGCCCAAAUCAGAGCACAUUGUUUCAGAGUAUAUUGACACGUAUUUUGAGGAUUUAAAACAGAGGUUGGGCCACAGGCUACAGAUCACUGAUCUACUGAUCAAACCAGUGCAGCGGAUCAUGAAAUACCAGCUUCUGCUGAAGGAUUUCCUCAAGUUCUCCAAAAAGGCUGGUUUGGACACUGUAGAAUCAGAGAAAGCGGUAGAGGUGAUGUGUGUUGUUCCAAAACGCUGCAAUGACAUGAUGAAUGUUGGACGCCUCCAAGGAUUUGAUGGUAAAAUUGUAGCCCAGGGAAGACUGCUUCUGCAGGACACCUUCAUGGUCUCAGACCAGGAUGGUGGUCUCCUUUCCCGCAUGAAAGAGAGGCGCGUCUUUCUCUUCGAGCAGAUAGUUAUCUUCAGUGAACCUUUGGAUAAAAAGAAGGGCUUCUCCAUGCCGGGCUAUCUGUUUAAGAACAGCAUAAAGGUCAGUUGGUUGGGUCUAGAAGAGAGUCCUGACAAUGACCCUUGUAAGUUUAUUUUGACCUCAAGGUCAUCGACUGGCAGUACAGAGCACUAUGUGCUCCAUUCCUCCAACCGGGCGGUUUGCCAGGCCUGGAUCCAGCAGAUCAGCAGCAUCCUGGAGAACCAGAGAAACUUCCUUAAUGCACUGACUUCACCCAUUGAAUACCAACGGAACCAUGUUGGGGCAAGCGGUCUGGGUGGACCCAGCAGCAGUGGACUUCCAGGGGGUAGCAGCAGCUCUGCCAUGGGUCCCAGCUGUGGCUCUCGGUCCCGAGCUUCCCGAAUCCCUCAACCUUCUUCUCGUCUCCCCCAGCCAGUGCAGCAUCACCACGCCCCCGCCCCAGAUGACCACACUUCAGGUACGUGUCCUCUUCCUGACCAGGACCUAAACGGUGAGGUCCCUAGGAUGCGGGUUCUGGAGAGCACCUUAAAGGAGCUACGCGAGGAUACCCAAUCAGGGACACCCAUUCCAAGAGCCACAGUCGCACCCCUGUCUCUCCCCCUAACAAAGCCCCGUCUCAAAGUCCCCUUGCCCACUCUCUCCCCCUUAAAUCCUCAGAACUUUACAGUCCAGAAAGGCUCCCCAUUUUGGGCCUCAAUGCCAGUCUCGCCUACUGGCAGGCCUGGCUCUUACACAGAGCAGAGUGACACACUGAGUCGCAACCAGUGUCAGACUCGCAGGCACUCCACCCACAGUAAGGAGUUGGACCGUAUCAGUACUUGCUCUUCCACCAGUGAGCAGUCCCUGCAUUCAACUCACAGCAAUGGGAGUGAAAGUAGCAGCAGCAGCAGUGUGUCAACCAUGUUGGUGACCCAGGACUAUGUGGCUCUAAAAGAAGAUGAGAUCAGUGUGUAUCAAGGAGAGGUUGUGCAGACAUUGGCCUCUAACCAGCAAAACAUGUUUCUAGUUUUCCGUGCCGCCACAGAACAAGGCCCAGCAGCCGAGGGCUGGAUCCCUGGCUAUGUUCUGGGGCACACCUCCACCAUUAUUCCCGACUACCCUGAUGGAACCCUCAAGAAGUCCUCAUCGUGGCACACAGCUCUACGCGUCAGACGAAAGUCCGAAAAGAGAGAAAAAGAGGGAAGGAAGGAGAGCAAACCAGAGAAUGGCUAUCGCAAGUCUAGAGAUGGACCAGCAAAUAAGGUUUCUGUAAAGCUUUUGAAUCCCAACUACAUUUAUGAUGCAGUUCCCCCAGAGUUUGUGAUCCCCUUGAGUGAGGUGGUGUGCGACAGGGGCGACAGUGUAACUCUCCGCUGUAAGAUCUGUGGGCAGCCCAAAGCCUCGGUCUGUUGGAGAGGGCCUGACCAGAGCACUCUCAGCAAUGGUGGAAGAUACACACUCACACACAGUGAGACGGGGGAAGUGACCCUCCGAAUCUCACCUGCCAUUUUGGAUGACAGCGGCACCUACACCUGCAUCGCCUCUAAUGACGUGGGCUCAGUGACAUCAACAGCCUACCUCAGGGUGCUUGGCACUUCCUGUGACGGGAUCCUCUGGAAGGAUAACUUUGAGUCCCUCUACACUGAAGUCAUGGAACUGGGGAGAGGCAGGUUUGCCGUCACUAAGUGGUGUGAGCAAAGAGGAAACAGGCGAUCAGUGGCCGCUAAGCUAGUAAAUAAGAAGCUAAUGCGUCGAGAGCAUGUGGUUCAAGAGCUGGGUGUCCUACAGUGUCUUCAGCAUCCUCACCUGGUGGGCCUGCUGGAUACCUACGAGACCCCAGCCAGUUACGUUCUCAUCCUGGAGAUUGCUGAUCAAGGUCGUCUCCUGGACUAUAUUGUUAGCUGGGGGAACUUGACAGAAGAAAAGGUGUCUCUUUACCUACGGGAUAUUCUCGAAGCUUUACACUACCUUCACACAUGCAGGAUUGCUCAUCUUGACUUGAAGCCCGAGAAUGUAUUAAUCGAGCAAACGUCAAACCAGCCUCUAGUCAAACUGACGGAUUUCGGUGAUGCGGCACAUCUCUCCAACACCCCUUACAUCCACCCACUGCUGGGCAGCCCAGAGUUCUCCGCCCCAGAGCUGGUGCUGGGUGAACCAGCGGCUCUGGCGUCUGACCUCUGGAGUCUAGGCGUGUUGGCGUACGUGAUGCUCAGUGGGGCUUCCCCUUUCCUGGAUGAGAGUGUCGAGGAGACCUGCCUCAACAUCUGCCGUCUCGACUUCAGCUUCCCGGAGGACUACUUCCGCAGCGUGAGUCAGGCAGCGAGGGACUUCGUAUGCGACUUACUCCAAGGCGAGCCAUGCAGACGUCCCUCUGCGCAGGUUUGCCUGCGUGAGGAGCCAUGGCUGCAGCCCAACGCGGCCUCUGGCGCAGCUCACCUCGACACUUCCAGACUCAUCUCUUUUAUAGAGCGGAGGAAACAUCAGAACGACCUGCGACCCGUGGCCAGUUUCCGUGCAUUCCUGCGUAGUCGCCUACUUAGCCAGACCUGAGAGAGAGACGUAGAGUGGAAAUCCAAUUGUAAGCUAGUUCUCCUGCAGUUCUAUUAAGGAAAGUAUAGGUUAUAAAUAGGAAAUCUCAUCCUCCUUUUAGAGUCAUUCUGAAAUGGUUCUGGGUCUCUGUUACUGUAACUGCUGCUGACAAAACUCUGAAGUCCCCUUUUCCAACCCUUCAAAAAAAUCAUUUCAGCUACAUGUACAUGUUCUCCCUUUGUAUGGACAAAACUCACGAGAAACAAAUGUGAAUUAAGAAGGGGGGGAGGGGGAUUCUUUUGAAGGCUUUUUCCCUGAGCCAGAAAGCUUUAGACGGUAUUUCAAUCAGGUUGUUUCAGUGGAGUACUGUAAUUUGAAUAGCUACAUUCAGGAAAGAUUACAUUUUGUACAAACCAUGUAUAGAAGCACAGUAAAGAUGAUAAAAAUAAAAAGCUUAUUUAAAGACUUAAAGGGAAGUAAAAUAGGUUACACUAUGGCGUUCAUCUCAAGUUCCAUGUUUGAUAAACAUACCGUCAUAUUGGAAAUCAGGCAUAACAAAUGAAACAAUUUUUAACAGCUGCAACUCUUUCGCACAAGGGGAGUAAAAGAUAAGCUUUUCAUUUCAAUUCGCGUCUGUCUUAACAGCCUUAUGUUGUAAAUGAACUGGACCUGCCUUCAUUCAUGUUAAUUUGCCGUGUUUGACAUGCUUUCUCAUUGGCUGAUCAUGACUUUCAACUGACCAGUUAGAAUACAAGCUGGAAAGCCGCCGAAGGCAGGAAGUGUUGGUAACCACAGCAGAUGUGCACUCUUUGUAACUUGUUGAAAUGUGCAAUGUUGGGGCUUUAACAUUUUGCAGCUAUUUAUAAUGAUUCGUGUUAAAUCAACAUUGUUAAGUACAUGUAUCGGCCACUGCGAGUUGAGAUAUGAUGUAUCCGUGGCUCUUUUGCUGAAUUUUCUGUGUUCAGUAUUAUUUUGUAAGCUUAAGCCUCAUUGGUGAAAAAUCAGUUGUGUCUUUGUCACACUUUCGUUAUGAAUGUCGUUAUUUUUAUCAUUAUACCAAAGUUAAUCCUCAUGUACCUAAAUGCUUCUUCUCCCUGUUUGGUGGUUAUAAUUUGUAACAAUAUGUUAUGAAUGCAGUUCUGACUCCUGGAGCAGGAGUUUACUUGUAUUGAUUGUUGAUUUAUUUAUUGUGUCUUGUUCGGUUUUUUGUUAAUCUAAUUUAAUUGAAGUAGUGCUUCAUAUUGUCAGAUUAUUAGGCAUUUUAAUUUCCAUAUCUGCUCAUUGUAGCAGUAGUCUGUUAAUGUAAGUUUGCAUGACUAAAUGAAUUAUUCUUUGUUUUCAGUUCACUUUAUUUUAAAUACAAUGAGAUGAAUCGUUCCCCGUGUACUGUAUCUGUUGUACAGGGAGAAAGUACCAAGUUAAUUGCCUCCAUAUUGUGGGUUGAAGUUGAAGAGGCAAGUUGCAGUGGUCUAAUAAUCCAAAAUAACAACUGUCAACCCUUGUCACUAAAACUUUAUUGCUGAAUAUAAAGGAGGUAAAUAAUAUGCUGGGUCAGUAAUGUUAGUAUAAUUUUUCAUGUUUUAUUUAAGUUAGUUUCUCAUAAUGUAUAGAUGUACAGACACCAUAAAAAAACUGGACGUAGCGACACCCUGUUUUUUACAUAAUGUCAUUUUGAAUGUUUUUGACUCGAUAUUAAUUUUGCAUGUAUAUUUCUUUGUACAGAAACCAUACAUGUUUGCACAUUCUGUGCUGUACAUAAGUUACUUUACCCUCAGUUAUUUUUGAGAUUAAAC